UAUUGUUUUGACGUUUCUUAUUUUCGAUUACUAAAAUGACGUGGAGUAAUAGGUUAUAAAUUUGUUUUACACUCUAUUUACUAAACAAUUAGGUCAAUUUAAGGCCCUCAAGGGCCUGUAUAUUAGUGAAAUUGAACUUGAUUUUAAUUCACCAAGAUGAUUGAGAUAACGGACACACAAAAAAUUGGUGUGGGCCUGGCGGGGUUUGGUAUGACAUUCCUGUUUCUUGGAGUCCUUUUAUUGUUUGAUAAAGGUCUACUUGCUAUUGGAAAUAUUCUCUUCAUCAGUGGUCUAGCAUGUGUGAUAGGUCUGCAGCGGACAUUUUUCUUCUUCUUCCAACGGCACAAAAUUAAAGCAUCAAUGGCAUUCUUUGGUGGCAUCACAGUGGUAUUACUCGGUUGGCCUAUGUUUGGUAUGAUAGCUGAGAUUUAUGGCUUCCUUUUAUUAUUUAGAGGAUUCCUACCUGCGGCAGUUAAUUUCCUCAGAAUGGUUCCAGUGUUAGGUUCUCUGCUCAAUUUUCCUAUUAUAAGAGGGAUCGUAGACAGAAUAGCGGGAGACAACGGCCGUAACAUGGUAUGAUAAAGUGUUGCCAUACGAAAAUAAAGACUUUUACGAUGAGUCAACUUUAUGAAAAUACGAUACCUGUAAAUCGAAGACAUUCCAAGAAGUUUUUAAAUCCGAAUUUAUGAGUUAAAUAAAAAUAAAUAGAUGCAAACCGGUUAAAACAACAUCGCAGGGACCGUUAUUAUUAAGUCGUAUUAACCGAUAGUCUAUUUAUAAGUCAGUUACAUAGCUUUUAGUUGAAAUAUACAGUUU